GAUCGAGGCUGGAAUCAAGGCUUCUCAAGCUGCAAAUGAGGCUGGCAUCCGCCAAAUAGUCGAAAUGCUGGAACAAAAUCUUGCCAUUCGGGCCAACGUACAAACGCAAAUAGCAGACAUUCGUUCGUUGUUCGUGGGCGUCCGAGAAGGCUCUCAGAAUGAUCAAGCGAUGAAGCCGCAGGUACUGGAGCCAAAGUGUGGAAGGGCGGCUACGUCACAGACGCUGGGAAGUAGUGUUGGCUUUCCACUGCCCAAUGUUGCAGCUUCUGGUUCCAUGCUUCAAGAUUCGAAGCCAAAAGCGAGAUCAAAACAGUCGGAGACCAAUAUGCUCGAAGUACAGAAGCUACGACGCCUCCUCAGCAUGGCAGAAAUGGCCACCCGCGCACUUGAAAGCAUCAACAGCAGUCCUCGACCAUCACUUACCUCGAAGGACAGCUCGAAGACUUGCAUAAGGCGCAAGAACGCCAAAGUCGGGUAGAGCAGCAGCGAGAAGCGCGACAGGACGCGCAGCAGAAGGAAGGGAUCGAUGCUGAUAUCCAGGAGAUGAAGAGUACGGAGGCCCAUACAUACCAGAGGCUCAAUGUACUGUUCUCACCGCCUUUACCACUAAUUCUUCGUGUUUAACCUUCU